CGUACUUUGGUUUCCAGUCGUUUCUUGAGCGCGUGUUAAACGAGAUUGUGCAUUAGAAAGAAAAAAAGUUUCAUUAAAACGUUCAAAGAAUUAUAGGAAAAAGUACCGCGAAAAAUCAUUUCGCAGAGACAAAGGAACAAAGCUCCUUAUAAACUCGCGAAUUUAGCGUUGCAACACACACGAUUUGUGAACGUGACCGAUCUACCAAAAAAUGACUGCGAGAACAGCGAUCGGCGAUGGACGUACUGCCCAUAAUCAGGCUUAUAAAGAUAAAAGCAAACCUGCGGACAUACGAAGCAGCAAUAUUAAUGCCGCAAAAGCUGUUAGUGAUGCGAUUCGUACCAGUUUGGGUCCUAGGGGAAUGGAUAAGAUGAUUCAAGCUAGCAACGGUGAAGUUACAAUCACGAAUGAUGGUGCUACAAUUUUAAAAGAAAUGAGUGUUGUGCAUCCUGCAGCAAAAAUGUUGGUGGAGUUAUCAAGAGCACAGGAUAUUGAGGCAGGAGAUGGUACCACUAGCGUCGUUGUAUUAGCGGGUUCUCUCUUAGAGGCUGCAGAACGCUUACUGCAAAAAGGAAUCCAUCCUACGUUAAUCAGUGAUGCGUUUCAGAAGGCUGCAAGUAAAGCAGUACAUGCUGUGCUUAAUAUGUCUAUUCCUAUCGACUUGAUCGACAAGGUAUCACUGAUCAGAGCUGCAGCUACUUCGCUUAGUUCAAAAGUCGUUUUUCAACAAUCAAGUCUGUUAGCUCCUCUAGCUGUGAAUGCAGUACUAAAGGUUACUGAAGAAGGAAAAGAGGACGUUGAUCUUCAUAAUAUAAAAAUAAUUAAGAAGUUGGGUGGCACAGUCGAAGACACCGAGCUUGUAGAAGGAUUAAUAUUCACGCAAAAAUCUUGCAACGUCAAUGGACCGAAACGCAUUGAAAAAGCAAAGAUAGGCUUAAUUCAAUUCUGCAUUUCCCCACCUAAAACUGAUAUGGACCACAACAUUAUUGUUUCCGAUUAUGCCGCGAUGGACCGUGUUUUGAAAGAGGAAAGGGCCUAUAUUUUAAAUAUCGUGAAACAAAUCAAAAAAGCCGGUUGCAACGUACUCCUGGUACAGAAGUCGAUUCUCCGUGACGCUGUCAGCGAUCUGGCCAUACACUUUUUAGAUAAAAUCAAAGUUAUGGUGAUCAAGGAUAUCGAACGCGAGGACAUUUCGUUCGUCUGCAAGACGUUAGGCUGCAGGCCGAUCGCGUCGUUGGAUCAUUUUGUCGCUGAAAAUCUUGUGAACGCGGAAUUGUGCGAGGAAGUACAGACUGGAAAUUCGAAGUUCGUUAAGAUUACUAGAAUUCAUAAUCCUGGACGGACGGUGACCGUUCUUGUACGCGGCAGUAAUAAACUGGUCUUGGAAGAAGCAGAGCGUUCACUGCACGACGCGUUGUGUGUAGUUCGUUGUCUAGUGAAGCAGCAGGCCUUAGUUGCUGGAGGAGGAGCGCCUGAGAUCGAGAUAUCAUUGAGAGUGGCAGCGUAUGCUCAAACGUUGAGCGGCGUCGAUGCUUACUGCAUUAAAGCUUACGCUGAUGCAUUUGAGGUAAUACCGUCUACACUGGCAGAAAAUGCAGGAUUAAAUCCCAUUGCAACCGUUACGGAACUCCGUAAUAGACACGCUAAAGGGGAACACACUGCUGGGAUCAAUGUCCGAAAGGGAGCAAUUACCGAUAUUUUAGAGGAGAACGUAAUUCAACCGGUAUUAGUUUCGACGAGCGCUAUUCAGCUUGCCUCGGAGACGGUUCGCAGUAUAUUAAAGAUCGACGAUAUUGUGAACACAAACCAAUAAUAACGAACAAGAAUUUUGUAUUUAAGCUGCACUUGAAAAACUUUUCAUCGAUCACGAGUUACGUAUCAGUUGUCAGUUCUUAUUCGGCUUCUAACAUUUUCUACGAUUUAUCGAAAUAAUAACGCUCGAAUUGCAUAACGUUUUUCUUUUUUUAAUAUACUUUCUAUUGUGUUUCGUAA